AUGCCACCCAGGAAGGCUGAAGGCGGCGGCCAACAGUCCAUCUCGUCCUUCUUCGGCCGUGCUCCGGUCCCCCAGAAGCAGGAGUCGGUCCUCGUCCUCGACUCGAGCGAUGAGGAUGAGGAGGUGAGGGAUCAGGCAGGGCGCGGUGAGAAGGCAGCGCAGGGCGUCAAGAGGGUCAAGACUGAGCACGACAGCCGCGGCAGUCAACUCCAGCCCAUCGCGUCGACCAGUAAACUCCCCACGACCGCCACUUCCCCUCCUCGAGACCCUCAGUCGCCCUCGUCUCGGCGCCUGCGCCAGUUUGCAUAUUCGCAACCGGAUCCUUCGGCACCGAAAGCUCCCUCGCUCCCUUCUUCGGCGGACAAGGCGCGACAUGAUGCCUUCGUCAAGAAGCUCUCGCUCGGUCCCGACCUGCUCAAGCGUCGCACAAGCUACCUGCAGAAGGAGCACUACCUCGCAGCGCGCGACGACGAUGCGAAUGGCGAAGGUAGUCCUGCAGGAGGACUUGGCAGUCCGAGGAUGAUGGCAGAGGUUUUUGAGGAGGAUGCAGAAUCGGACUCGUUGUCGAGUUCGAUUCCUGCACGGGCGAAGGACAAGGGAAAGGGCAAGGCGACGGUGAGCGAUGAUACGCCGUCGCGACUCGCCAGAUUCGCGGCGAAGGGGACGAAGGCAGGUGGAAAGGGCUCGUCGGAGGGCAAGAAGGUCAAGUACACGCCGCUCGAGCAGCAAGUCCUGGCUCUCCGCAUGGCUCAUCCUGGCGUUCUCCUGGUCAUCGAGGUCGGAUACAAAUUCCGCUUCUUCGACGAAGACGCCCAGGUUGCCUCGCGCAUCCUCAACAUCGCAUGCUUCCCUUCUCAGCACAUGCUCACCGCCUCCAUCCCGACGCACCGACUCGAUGUUCACGUCAAGCGACUCUUGAACGCGGGAUACAAGGUCGGCGUUAUUCGUCAGCAAGAGACGGCAGCACUCAAGAAGGCUUCGGAGAACCGCUCGGCGCCUUUUACCCGCGCCCUUUCCGCCUUGUACACAUCUGCGACCUAUGUCGACGAGCUUGGCGUGGAUCCGCUGACGACGACCGGCUCGACUGCGACGAUCAUGUGUAUCGUCGAAGACAAGCUCGGCAAGGCGCCCGAUGCAAAGGUCAAGAUCGGCAUGGUCGCGGUCGUGCCUUCGACGGGUCAGGUUGUCUACGAUGAGUUCGAGGACGGCUUGAUGCGCUCAGAGCUUGAGACUCGCAUGCUGCAUCUUCAGCCGAGCGAGCUUCUCCUGCAAAAAGAGCUCAGCCCGAAGACCGAGUCGAUGGUCCAGCAUCUCGUCGGUCAGCACAACGCCGGCACCGCCGACUUUCGCUCUCGCAUCGACCGCAUCUCGAAACGCGCUUCCGCCUCGCAAGCUACGUCGCAGAUUUCGGACUAUUUUGCUAGCAUCAAGAAGCGGGAGAAGGGCAAGGAGAAGGCGUCCAACGGUAAAGCUUUGCGGAAGGAGUCGAGCGAGAUUGUCUUGUCUUCGGGCGACGAGGGCGAAGGCGCGGACACGGAGAUCAGCAGAGCCGCUCUGAACGGCUCAGCCGCGAUCCUCGACCUUCCCAAACUUGUCCUUAUCGCCCUCGCUUCGCUCAUCUCGCAUCUCAAGCCCUUCAACCUUGACAACAUCUUCUCCCACACCUCCUCUUUCACGCCCUUCGCCUCCCGUGCUUCGAUGAACCUGAACGGCAAUACGGUGGCGAAUCUCGAGUUACUUCGCAACAACACCGACUUUAAGGAGCACGGCAGCUUGAUCGCUUGCAUCGACAAGUGCAAGACGGCGAUGGGCAAGCGGCUACUCCGCAAGUGGCUGACGAAGCCUUCGCUGUCGAAAGAACUCGUUGAAGAACGGCUCGACGCGAUUGCCGACAUACACCGUCUGUCCGCUUCGCUCACCCUUUCGAGAUUGCGCGACCUCUUGAAGCACCUGCCCGACCUCGAACGCGGCCUGUCCCGCAUUCACUUCGGCCGAGCCACCCCAAACGAGCUCCUCCGCGUACUCGAAGCCUUCCGCCGUAUCGGAGACGUCUUUGUCGAGGUCGACUCGCCGGACAAAGACGGCGCUGAGGCGGAUGACAACGGACCGAUCAGGAGAGGAGCGGGCGGUGGACUGAAGAGCACGCUGCUCGAGUCUGUCGUCAAGGAGCUGCCGAACGUGAAGCAGACGGCGGACGAGCUGCUCGCUGAGGUGGACGGCAAGCGGGCGAGGGACAACAACAAGGAGGAGCUGUUCGUCAACGAGGACAAAUACCCUGACCUCAAGAAAUGCAAGGCUGGACUCGCACGGACGAUCGACGACAUGCAGGACGAACUGAAGAGCGCCCGCAAGGUCUUGCGCAAGCCGGCCCUCCAGUUCACAAAGGUCGCGCAGGAGGAGUACCUCUUUGAGGUCAAGAUUGCCGAAGCGAAGACGAUUGUGCCGGCCGACUGGAUCCGCAUCAACAGCACGAAGCAGGUCUACCGCUACCGCAGUCCGAAGCUGCACAAGAUGGUCACCGAGACGCUCGAGCAGUGGAAGGAGAAGGUCGCUGCAGCCGCGAAAGCAGCGUUCCACGCCUUCUUGCAGGAGGUUGCAUCGCACUACGAAUUGUUCCGCACAAUCAUUGCGUCCGUCGCGACGGCCGACUGCCUCUUCGGCCUUGCCCUCGUUGCAUUGUCGAACAAUUGGGUCCGCCCGACUAUCGUCGACGAUCCCGGCUAUAUCGACUUCGUCGACGGCCGCCAUCCGAUCAUCGAGGACGUAUCGCCCGAACCGUUCGUGCCCAACUCGGUCAAGUUUGGCGGUGGCGAGAGGAGGCAGAUGGUCUUGACAGGGCUGAACAUGGGCGGCAAGUCGAGCCUCUCACGCAUGAUCGCGCUCAUCGCCCUCCUUGCUCAAAUCGGUUCCUUCGUUCCGGCCGAAUCCUGCACGACCAGCCUAUUCGACGGCAUCUACACUCGCAUGGGAGCGAACGACGAUGUCGCUCGCGGUAGGUCCACCUUCAUGGUCGAGCUGACCGAAACGUCCGAGAUUCUCCGCCUCGCCACGCCUCGCUCCCUCCUCGUUCUCGACGAACUCGGUCGCGGCACCUCUACGAACGACGGCCAAGCGAUUGCAGCAGCCGUGCUCGAGUACAUCGUCCGCUCGAAACGCUCGACAUGCGUCUUCGUCACGCACUACCCCUCGCUCGCCCUCGUCGCGCAACGCUUCCCCGAGUCCGUCAGCGUGAAUCAUAUGGCGUGCAUCGAGACGCCGCGCGAAGACGGCCACGCCGACGUUACCUUCUUGUAUCGCCUCGCCGAUGGACUCGCCAGCGCCUCACACGGCCUCAAUGUUGCGCGCCUUGCCGAUCUUCCGCAGAGCGUCUUGGAUACGGCGAAGGCGAAAGGACUCGAGCUGAUGAAGGAGACGGAGGAAAGGACGGCGAAGCGGAAGGCGGGGCGGUUGGCGGAGAUCCUGGGUCGAGUUGCGCGACUCGCGAUGGCGGGUGAUGGCAUGGCUCUGGACGACGGUGGACCGGGCGCAUCGCAGGGGAGUAUGAUGAACGGGACGUCGCAGGGAAGCGUAGGUGCAAGGAGGAACCGCUUGCUCGAGUUGUGCGAGGCAGCGCUUGUCAAGUAA